GCAAACGUCGGGUGCAGUCAGUUCAAGGAACGCUUCCCACUGGUCUGCCCCGAAUAUCAGAAGAUGUGCGCGGGAAAGGAAGGAAGAAGGGUGCUCUGAGCGUGCACGACGUGAGCGAUGAUCUGAUACCAAUGCUUCUGGGGCCUGACGGCAUUGGCAGCUCAACGAGCCAGGGCAACCGCAUCCAACGAUCCA